AUGGAUCCGGCGCUGGAUUCAAUGCAGGAGUCACAACACCUGCCUGCAGCGCAGAAGCUCGGCCAAACGUCGCAACCGGCGCAGACGUCGGGGAGAUCAACGACAGAGAAGGACCAAGCUCCAACCACGUUUCCUCUGUUGAAGGUAUCACCUCCGAUUCCUGUUGGCCGUCUGGCCGGACGAUUCAAAGUGCAGCUUUGGCGGGCCAGCCCCGAUCACAAGCUGAACCUCAUUGUUGGGCCAAGCUCCCAAAGCGAUGUGGUCGUAAUGGUGGAUGCGAGUCAUUUGGGCAUCUACCAAGGAGAUGAGGUGCUCAGCAUCAACGGUGUGUCUGUGCAAAGCUUUCGGCAUUUUGCUGAACUUCUUGAAUCAUGUGGGCAGAAUAUAGAGAUCCAGUUCUAUCACAAGGAGCCGCCGAUAGCCACGCUCGUGCACGAGGAUGACCUGAUCGAGAUGUGCUGCGGUCCAACUCUUUGCGUGCCUCAGACCAUGCCAGUGUGGUGCGAUUACUUCUACAACCCUCCAGAACCAAGGUGCCGUGCCGAGUCCUGGACACAGCGGGAGGUUUUGAGUGCCUCCGUGGCAGAGACGAGCUCGGAAGGUUCUACGUUUCAACUUGAGAUGCGUCGCACAUCCAUGAAGCAGCCCUUCGGGCUUCCACUUGGAGUGCUCAGCCUGCCAGCUGAGCCCUCCGAGCCCUCCAACGUGGCCUCGGAGGACGCGCUGCUGACAACUCCGAAGUGUCAGCAGCUCUGCGUUACUGAGAGUUUCUGCUCCGACCGGGAGGUCGUGGAUGCAGAGAUUGGGCAUCUGCGAGAAGAUGAAGAAGAGGUCAGCCAGUCCAAUGCAGCCAGCAUCAUCGGGAGUCGAGGGCCUGUGGUCGUCUUGCAGGCGGUGCCCCUGCUUGGCCUCCAUGCAGGUGAUGAGUUGCUGAGGAUCAAUGGGGAGGAGAUCUCCGAUCUUUACAGCUGCAAGGCCGCGCUGAAGACCGCCAUACAUCUCAGCCUGGAAUUUCGCAGACCAGAGACUGUCCCGAGCAGCUUCUGCACGACAGAGGUUGGGUCGCCGGCUCUGAUUAUGAAGACAUCUCGACGGAGCGAUGAUUGGAAUUCGGCCACCUCGACGAAAGACUGCAGCCGUGAAGUGCCGGAAGAAAGUUGGUACCAAAACUUGUUGCUCAAACUGACUUGCACCGAUGUCUCCCGACAAGCUGUAGAUAGCUCCCCCAUGUUGGAGGUGUCAACGCACAGGAGUUUCGAUCCCAACGAUCUUCGGGACGCAGUCAUGAUCUGA